ACAAAUAAGUCUCAGAAGACUCUGUUCCAGAUUGUCCACCUCUACAGUGCAACAGUUCUCGACAUUUAUUGGGUCGGAUCCGGUGUGUUGCUGUGAAGUUGUGCCCUGUUUGCUCCCUAUUUUGAAAUUAUUGCUACAGAACACCCAUAGCUAUUCGAAGAAAAGUGUUGCAAAACCACGGUGAAGUGUUUUAUAACUGUGCUGCCGUUGGACAGUUCUUAAAAGGGGCGUUGAAAUACACUGUCAGCUGCGCAAGUUUCGCCUAAUUUGUGCAAGGGCCUGGCCCCUUAGGAAAAUAUUGAAAUAAUCGUUGGCUUUUGGGACGAUGGAGGCCAUUGCCAGGCACGAUUUUGCAGCAACAGCUGAAGAUGAGCUUAGCUUCAGAAAAGGAAAUGUCUUAAAGAUAUUGAACAUGGAGGAUGACAUGAACUGGUACCGCGCGGAGCUGGAGAGUCGAGAGGGCCUCAUCCCCAGCAACUACAUCGAGAUGAAGCCCCAUGACUGGUACUACGGCAGGAUCACGCGCGCAGACGCUGAGAAGAUGCUGAUGAACAAGCACGAGGGCGCGUUCGUGGUGCGCGUCAGCGAGAGCUCUCCGGCCGAUUUUUCGCUGAGCGUCAAGUGCGGGGACGGCGUGCAGCAUUUCAAGGUGCUGAGGGACGCCAGCGGCAAGUUCUUCCUCUGGGUGGUCAAGUUCAGCUCACUGAACGAGCUAGUCGAAUACCACCGCUCUGCCAGCGUCAGUCGCUCUCAGGACAUCAAACUCAGGGACAUGGUCUCACAGGAGUACCACGUGCAGGCGCUGUACGACUUCAAGCCGCAGGAGCAAGGCGAGCUGGAGUUCCAGCGGGGCGACAUCAUCACGGUGACGGACCGCUCCGACCAGCACUGGUGGAACGGCGAGAUAGGAGACCGCAAGGGCCUCUUCCCCAACACCUACGUCACCGCCUACCACACGUAGAGGGGCUGGAGGACCGACCGGGCCGGGCCGGGCCGCGGGAGGCGCCGCCCGGACUGACGGAGGGAGACACCGGCGACAGAGCGCACAGCCAGCCAUCUGAGGGAGAGGGGAGGUACAGACAUCACUGACACAAACUGACACACACACACGGACCCCAGCGUCCGGCCAAAGAUAAUAUUAAAACACAAACGCAACACUGAACAGACUACCUGUAACAAGCAGCCGAAUACAGACGGAACCGGACGCGCACGGCCGGGCCCCUGGACACCCACAGUCAGACAGAGACGCGCCGACUCGACCCGUGCGGCUGCCGGGUGUGGCCGGUGCUGACGGGCGGCGCUGCGGCGGCUGGCCGUCCCCCUGCUGGGUGGGAGGUGGCCGGCGGACAGUGGUACAGCGGCGGCAGCAGUCCGCGGACCGAUGGACAGAGAGUGCGGCGAACGGACGGCGCAGGACCGGCCGGCCGCCCGCUGUAGUCAUGAUGUGUCGCGCGGCCCCCUCGCCUGUCCCAAUGUGGAGAGAGGGAACGAGAGAGAGAGUGUGUGAGAGACUCGGCCGCGGCGCCGGACGGCCGUGCGAUAUUUUUAGACGGAGCGUCUCAGAGGGCGCCGCUGGACCGCCGCGCCCGGCCACUAAAUAGACAACGAAUUGUACGUGUCUCCGGCGGCGCGGCGGCGGCUGCGGGCCGGGACGGGCCACCCCGCGCAGCGCUAGUUAAGUUGCUGGUUUCUAACAGUUUAUUCGUUGUAUUGUUUACCAGGCGUCCGCUGAUCACCGCUAUGUAUGCCCUCGGGGCGCUGCGACCGCCCGCCAAACCCGUGAAAUGGUGCUUUCUGCUUGAUUCCUGUGCUAGCGGCGUCCCGUGGUGGACGGCGCCGCGCCUGCCAUCUGCCGGCCGGCUGCAGAACUAGUGGUUCGGCCGGUGGCCGUGUGGAGGACGUUUUGUACAUAGCGCAGCCCUCGGCCCCGGCCAUGCACUUCGCAGACGACUUUUUCAAUAAACGGAUGACGAGAG